UGUUGGGUGUCUUGUUUGUGAACACGGUAAGAUUCCAGGAAUCUUCGUCGGUCCAUGCACAUCACGUCACCAGCAAAGAAAUACGAGAUGAGUUUAAAUCGAUAAUCUCAUUUGCUUCAUCAAAAAACUUGAUUUGUAUAUUCCAUAUCAGCGCUAUUUCAUCGUUUGACUGUAUCUGUUGUUGUUUACCAAAAAAUUAUUUUUGCUUGUCGCUUACGUUCGGAUUAUUUUUCAAUGACGAAUAUAACUGUCAAUGACAAGUUAUCAGCACUUAAUAGACAAGCAAUCGACAAACUCUUAGAAAAGAGAAAGCAAACACCAGGGUCAUGUCAAAAGGUAUCAAAUGAUUUUAGCAUGAGGCAUGGAAUCAUGGUUUUCCCGCGAUUGAUGUACCAAGGACGGGUUUUUUUGUGUGACAUCAAGAACAUUAUCUCUUAUUAUAAAGUUCAAAUGAGUAUUCAAAAUCUUCGUAUUUUUCAUAUACGAUAGUUUUUAAAAAAUCGUGAAUAAGCGAAACAAGCUUAAUUCUGAAGUUUAAGGCUUCGACUUAUUUGUGUCAUUGCGUGUGUAUACACCCUUGGAUGUUUUAUUGAGCUCGAUUGCUUUGUUAGAACCCCCAAUAAAUUCAGAUGAAUCGCGAGUUUGAUUUAGAUCAAACUGGCCAGACACUACAUGCAUAUAUACAACAUGAUACUAUAGCCUAUAGCGCUAUAAUUCUUUAAGACUCUUGAAACUGGAACUACUUCCUACCUGACCUUUCUCAAACCAAAUGUUAUUGAACUUUGUACUUCGUUCUACAUGGGGCAGGAAGCAUUACCUGUCGAUAUAUAUGGCUCUCCGUACAGGUAUGUAGGGCCUCUGCCAGGUCAUGUGAGGUCGUUGGCUCGACCAUCAACCAGCAGAAACGAAGAAAUCAGGAUAGACAUGUGGUAUAUCGUUUGAGCCGUUUUCUCUUGCGGUCUUCAGUUCGGAUUGUGCCGCACUGAAUCAACGACCGUCUUCACUUGUAUCCUCGCACGUUCACCAUUUCAUCUGGUCUCGAAACAAAGUUUGAUUCAAACAUUUUGUUAGUGUCCUUGAUCGAGUACAAACUGCAUUCAGAAGAUGCAGGAGCCGUUCACGGUAAAGUCAUGGAUCCUGAUGCUGGUCCUGUUCUGUACCGCUCGAAAGGGAACCGUCGUCUCCAGCCAAGAUUUCGGUCUGACGUUGUUUCGAGAUGAAACGAGCGUAGCAAGGGGGCAACCAGACGAUCAGGCGAACCCAGUUGAAACCAUUUUCACGUCAAUUGGUAUCGCAGCUUCACUCAUCACCAUCGCAGAAGUCAUCAACCGAAGAAUUUUGCCGCAACCGACGACGUUGUUGGACGCACUGGAUGUGGUCAGAAAACUGGAAGACCUGGCGAUUCCCGAUGAUGGUCGUCAAUACAAGGACGCAGAAGAUACAAUUUUAAGGGCCUUGUACGACAUGACGGUCAUGACGACGAACAAUGCGUCCGAACUUCAAACACUGUGGUGGCUCGAUCGGGCCAGGUACCUCGAUGGAGACAUCGUUCUCCUGAUGGAAGGUUUACUCGGCCAACAACUUGCUGGAUCUGAUCUAAUGGACAACGUUCAAGACAAUCUCAAAUGCGACGCCAUUCAAAUCUCCGAAAAAUUGAGACGUUACAACGAUUUGAUUGAAAGUGGGUCCAUAGCUUUCAAUUACUUCUCUGGACUAGGAAACAUGCCUGGAUUGGAAGCGAGUAGAAGGAGAGCGGCCAUUAGAGAACGCAACGUUAAAAUUCGUGCACGCAACGAAGAACUUGUUGGCGAAUGUUUCCAACGUCAACUCAGUGAAAUACGCAGCGAGGAAUCGACGACAGAACAAGUUGCUGAACAGGUGGCCCAAGUUAUGGCCACCCGUUAUCCAUUGCCAACGCGGUGGGUCGUCGCUGUUUACACGGACGAGCGGGAAACGUCCAGCAUCUCACGUGCGGCCAUCAAACCGAUUAAACCCAAAUUGUCGGCCAAUUUCAACGUGAAAACGGCCAAUGGCUAUCGUGUUGCAUUGUUCCCCUUUCUAGAGGGAAAACAGCCUCACCUGAUCGACGGUCGACGCAUUGACGAGUUCUGCGACCGACCCGUUCAAGGAGCCGGUCAAAUGCCAACGUGUGACGUUGGUAGCUCUGAUGGUGAAUACGUCUACAAUGAGCUGAGGCGACAGGGCAUUGUUCCGGAACCUCUGGAUCUCAUUGUCGUCCCGAGCGAGGGUCAAUUGAGCGUCAGAACUGUACCUCUUGGCAGUUUACCUCCGUUUUUCGCCAAGAAAUACCCCGAUUUUGAUAUUAUCGUCUUCUAACUUGACCCUCUACAAUUUUAAAUGUCAAAGUUUGGGAGAUUCGUGAUGAGUAUACCCAUAUAUCUAGAUGACGUGUUACGAUUGUCAGUUGCUUUUGCUUCGUUUGUGCCUAUUUAUUGCUAUUCUGACUCAGCCUUGUAUCGUGUUCUAAAAUCCCACAAAUAAAUGAGAAAGAUAUGUCAAAA